UUCCGUUUUUUCUUUUCCUCAUCAGAGUCUUUCUUAAGCAAAAGAAAUUUUCAGCCUUUUGCUCAUAAUUUUUCUGCGCGUUGUUUUUCUGAGGAAAAAAAAGGCAUAAUCUUUUACCGGUUCUGGAGAGAGGGAGAUGUGUGGAGGUGCUAUCAUCUCCGACUUCAUUCAGACGCCGGGGGCCAGGUCUCGCCGGCUCACCGCUGAUUUCCUCUGGCCGGAUUUGAAGAAAUCCAGUGGGGGGAAGCGAUUCUCGAAGUCCACUAGGUCUGCAUUCGGAGAUUCGGACGAUGAUUUCGAAGCUGAUUUUAGGGAAUUCAAGGACGAGUCCGAUAUCGAUGAGGUGGAUGUGGAUGAUGAUUUUCUAUUCGAUUUCAAUACCUUAGGUUUCUCUGCUGCCAAACCCCCGAAGCCUUCCAGAUCCCGGUCUCGUGGAUCUGGUGCUGUAAAAUCUGUGGAAUUCAAUGGAAAAGCUAACAAGUCUGAGAAAAGAAAGAGGAAGAAUCUGUAUAGGGGAAUCCGUCAGCGACCAUGGGGAAAAUGGGCAGCUGAGAUCCGUGACCCAAGGAAAGGAGUCCGUGUCUGGCUUGGAACCUUCAACACUGCUGAAGAAGCAGCUAGAGCCUAUGAUGCUGAAGCACGGAGGAUUCGUGGUAAGAAAGCCAAGGUGAACUUUCCUGAUGAGGCCUCAAGCUCUCCCCCAAAACAUUACAAUGUAAAACACUCUGUCCAGCCCAUUAUGAACCAGAAAUUCAAUUUUGAAAACAAUCCAAAGGACUAUGUCUGUCCUCUGGGUCUGAUGGAGCAGAAACCACUGGUUAAUCAGUAUGCUAACAUGGGAGGUUUACCCAGCAGUGCAGAUGGGCUCACAUCUUUCACGCCAUCAGAUGAUGUUAAUAUGCCUGUUUGUUUCAGUUCGGAUCAAGCAAGCAAUUCGUUUGAUUAUUCUAGUUUUGGUUGGGGUGAACAGGGCCCAAAGACUCCCGACAUCUCGUCAAUGCUUUCUGCUGCUAUAGAAGAUGAAUUUCAAGCUGUUGACGACGCCAACAAGAAUGAUAACAUUCCUAACUCUCAGAAUGUGUUGCCUGUGGAAAAUGAUUCUGCAAAGACACUGUCUGAGGAUCUUGCAGAUAUUGAAUCCCAGUUGCAGUUCUUUAAGACACCUUACCUUGAAGGGAGCUGGGACGAUGCUUCAUUAGAAACCUUGCUUGGUGAAAACACAACUCAGGAUAGUGAAAACCCAAUGGACUUUUGGAGCUUUGAUGAUGAUCUUCCUUCCAUGGCCGGGGGAGUUUUCUGAGCAACUUUCUCACUGUCUCCUUAAUUUGUAAAUAGGGUUACAAGAAUGCUGUUCAUCUUUGUUGGAGAUUGAGUCGAGACGAAACAGACCCUUUUAAGCAUGUCUGGAUGGUUAUUCUGUGGACGCCGGUAGCAAAGCAAGUGUGGGACUAUGGAUGUGUAGGAGUACAUGUCAAAGACCUUAACUCUUGGAGAUGUUGAGUUUACCGUUCAUUAAUGAGGAUGAUUCUAUCAAAUGUGUGAUGCAGUAAAAUGUUAACUUGGUUGUUUUGAUUAUGGUCGGUCAAA